GUGCUUGAACCCUAAAUAUUAGAAUUUACCGCGCCGGCGUUUAAGGGUACUUAGGUUAACUAGAUGGCGCUCCGUUCUUGAUUACAUUCGAUUCGCUAUGUUGUUUUUGAGGCAGAACAACUGAAAACCAGCAACAAAAUUCUUGAAUAAAACACAACCGAAACAAAUGAAAAACGCCAACAAUGGCAGACGAACAGGAAAUUCGGCAACUUGAGUUACUUUGCAAACAAUUAUAUGAGUCCCAGGAUAGUGUGGCUCGUGCGGAAGCUGAAAAGACGUUAGUUGUAUUUCAAGACGGCCCCGAUGCCCUUACAAAAUGCCAAGUUUUAUUGGAUCGAGGAGAUUCAGGGUACGCUCAGCUGUUGGCCGCUACCACCCUUACAAAGUUAGUAUCGCGAAGUGCUCAAGGUUUAAGUCUUCAACAACGCGUUGACAUUCGAAAUUAUGUCCUCAAUUAUUUGGCAACAAGACCGAAACUAUCCAAUUUUGUUAUUCAAACGCUGGUCACUCUUUUCGCUCGGAUUACUAAACUUGGAUGGUUCGAUACCCAUAAAGAAGAGUUUGUGUUUCGAAAUGUUGUUAAUGAUAUCUCCAAGUUCCUUCAGGGUUCCGUGGAACACUGUAUGAUUGGCGUACAAUUACUCUCCCAACUCACAUGUGAAAUGAAUCAAAUAUCAGAAGUGGAAGCAAAUCGAUCGUUAACCAAACAUAGAAAGAUAGCAUCAUCAUUUCGGGACACACAACUCUUCGAAAUAUUCCGUUUAUCAUGUUCCCUUUUGGGUACGGCUCGUGAAAAUUGUAAAAACCUAAAUUUUAACGACGAAAGUCAACACGGUCUGAUGACCCAACUGUUACGAUUGGCCCAAAAUUGUUUAACGUUUGAUUUUAUUGGGACGGCCACGGAUGAAUCUUCCGAUGAUUUGUGUACCGUUCAAAUCCCGACUAGUUGGAGACCGGCGUUUCUUGAUUUUACCACUUUAAAAUUAUUUUUCGAUCUUUAUCAUUCGUUACCGAAUACUUUAUCUUCUUUGGCUCUUUCCUGUUUGGUUCAAAUAGCUUCCGUGCGGAGAUCGCUGUUUAGUAAUACGGAAAGAGCCAAGUUUUUAACACAUUUAGUGAAUGGGGUGAAACACAUCCUACAAAAUCCUCAAGGAUUAAGCGAUUCAGCUAAUUAUCACGAGUUCUGUCGAUUGUUGGCACGGUUAAAAUCGAAUUAUCAAUUGGGUGAAUUGGUGAUGGUUGAUAAUUAUCCAGAGGCGAUACAAUUAAUUGCCAAGUUUACGGUUCAAAGUUUACAAAUGUGGCAAUUUGCGCCGAAUAGCGUGCAUUAUUUACUUAGUUUAUGGCAGAGAAUGGUGUCUUCUGUUCCGUAUGUUAAAGCGACGGAACCUCAUCUUUUGGAAACGUAUACGCCGGAAGUAACGAACGCUUAUAUUACGUCGAGGUUGGAAUCGGUGGCGGUGGUCGUUCGGGAGGGACUUGAAGAUCCGAUUGAAGAUUUGGGGAUGGUACAACAACAGCUUGAACAACUUUCAGUUAUCGGGCGGUGUGAAUACCAAAAAACUUGCACUCUACUUGUUCAAUUAUUUGAUCAGGCUGCAAGAGCGUAUCAAGAAUUAAUAUCAAGUCCGUCACAACAAAUAGAAAUUACAAUACAAGAAGGUCGUCUAACGUGGUUAGUGUACAUAAUAGGAUCUGCAAUAGGUGGAAGAGUUUCGUUUAACAACAAUGAUGAGCACGACGCGAUGGAUGGUGAAUUAGUUUGUCGCGUCCUCCAAUUAAUGAACCUGACCGAUUCCCGAUUGGCGCAGGGAGGCUGUGAAAAACUUGAACUGGCUAUGCUCAGUUUCUUUGAGCAAUUUCGUAAAAUUUAUGUUGGCGAUCAAGUACAAAAAAACUCGAAAGUUUAUCGAAGACUUUCCGAAGUUCUCGGAUUAAACGACGAGGCCACUGUACUCAGUGUUUUUAUUAGAAAAAUAAUAACAAAUUUGAAAUAUUGGUCGAGAAGUGAACAAAUAAUUAGUAAAACAUUACAAUUAUUAAACGACCUCUCGGUUAGUUACACGUGCGUUCGGAAAUUAGUUAAACUCGAAGAAGUCCAGUUUAUGUUAAAUAACCACACUAGCGAACACUUUCCGUUUUUGGGAAACGCGGUGGCCAUUUCAGAAAUGCGCUGCCGAUCGAUGUUUUACACUUCUUUGGGUCGAUUAUUGAUGGUCGAUCUAGGCGAGGAUGAGGAUCGCUUUAUGAGUUUUAUGUUGCCAUUAACAGCUUCUUUUGAGAAUAUUGGAUCGUUGUUGAGUUCGGCUGAAAGUUCAAUGUUUGCAACUGAUGAAACGAAAAAAGCGCUAAUUGGCUUAGCUAGGGAUUUAAGGGGGCUUGCGUUCGCUUUUAAUACCAAAACGUCCUACAUGAUGUUAUUUGAUUGGAUAUAUCCUGGUUAUACACCAAUAUUACUUAGGGCAAUAGAACUAUGGUACCAUGAUCCACAGGUGACAACGCCAAUACUAAAAUUAUUUGCUGAACUAGUACAGAACCGGUCCCAAAGGCUAUUAUUUGACGUUUGGUCACCAAAUGGUAUCUUACUUUUCAGGGAGGCUAGUAAAAUAGUCUGUAGUUACGGUAGUAGAAUAUUAAAUGUAGAGGUGCCUAAGGACCAAACGUAUCCGCUCAAGCUGAAGGGAAUCUCGAUAUGUUUUUCGAUGCUUAAAGCGGCAUUGUGCGGCAAUUACGUCAACUUUGGUGUGUUUAGAUUGUAUGGGGACGAAGCGCUCGACAACGCCUUAAACAUUUUCGUCAAAUUGUUACUGUCGAUUCCCCAAUCAGAUUUAUUGGAUUAUCCGAAAUUAUCACAAACAUAUUAUUUGCUGUUGGAGUGCCUGGCUCAGGAUCACAUGAGUUUCCUAUCGACGUUGGAGCCUCACGUGUUUCUCUACCUUCUCUCGUCGAUAUCGGAGGGCCUCACGGCUUUAGGUGCGCAACUCAAUAACUACACAGGUCUGUACGGCUCAGGGACAAAAGCAGCACAAAUAUUAAACAAAAAAAAACGAAACUUCAUCAUGAUGUUUGCUUUAAUAUCAUUUUCUUGACUGAUAUCUUCUAUU